AUGACUAGAAAAUCAACUAUUCAAACGUGUCAAGUGUGUGGAGAUAUUUCUAGAACUACACAUUUUGGCGCUGUUUCCUGUAGAGCUUGCGCUGAGUUCUUCCGUCGAAAAGUUGUUUCUAACGACAAAUUAGUGAAACGAUGUUCUGGAAAAUGUCAACUGAACAGAAGAUCGAGAAAGACUUGUAAAAGUUGCCGUUUUGAAAGAUGCCUCGAAAUCGGAAUGUUGAAAACUGUAGUUACUUCAAACACCUCACUAAAAACGGACGAUUGUAGUACGGAAGAACUAAACAGCAUUCUGAUUGGACUUCGAAAUAGAUACAGUCAACUGGAAGAUGAUAGAAGAAGAGUAUUUGGUAGACAAAGUUACCAACAAUCGAGAUAUUCAAGUUAUGAUGAGACUGGAGAAGUGAUUGCAAAGGAUAUGGAACUAAUAUCAAAACACAUAAUUUCAUUUUUCCAAGCCAGACAAUCGGUUCAUAAAUGUCAAGAACAUAUACUAGCCGACAAUUUUGUGAUUCCUUUCAUCUUAUUGGAAACUUCAUUCAGAUCAAUAGGCGUUCAAUCACUCAUUCUUCCGACUGGAAGUGUUGUUGAUGCUGCUCAACUUGAUAAGUUUUAUUUGGAUUGGGAGUGUGAUGAACAACCACAACGAAACACUAUAUUAAUGCUCCAACCGUACUGGACUACUUCUUUUCGUCUUCUGAAAGAUCCAAUGAAUCGAAUAAAACUAGAUCUCGCUGAAACGUUGUUGUUGAGUGCAUUGAUUUAUUGGGAUUUUGGAAUUGUCAAUCAGUCCGAAGAGUGCAUAGAAAAGUGUCUCCAAAUGCGAAACGUUAUAAAUUGGGAGCUUGUAAAUUAUGAAAAAUUUAAAUAUGGAAUUGAAGAUCACUCACUGAGAAUCAUGGAAGUAAUGAGUUAUCUUCAAGGAGUUCAGAAGGCAUCCACUGCAAUCAAAGACGGCGGACACGUGGCAAAAAUUUAUAAAUUGAAAGGAAAGGAAUCACCCCUUUAUGGAAUUGCUGAUGAUUAA